AUGGUUAGGAUUACACCAGGUCGGGGUAAGGGAGGCAAAGGUUUGGGAAAAGGAGGGAAAGUUUCUACGCAGAGGCACAGAAAACUCUUACGCGAGAACAUUAAGGGAAUCACUAAACCAGACAUUCGACGUCUUGCACGUCGUGGUGGUGUGAAACGAAUUUCAGCGGCGAUAUACGAUCAAGCGAGAUCUGCUCUAAAAGACUUUCUUACCGACACUCUCCGAGACGUUGUUUCCUAUCUUGAAUACGAAAGGAAGAAAACAAUUGGAGUUAUGGAAGUUCUGUUGGCUUUGAAACGUCGAGGGAAGACGCUCUAUGGUUUCGAGGGGGGAUCAAUAUAA